AUGUAUGAUCAUGGAAGGAAUGAUGAUGCUAUUGCUAAGGCAUUGGCGAUGUUGGCUGGUGCUAUUGGUCAGAUCCCUCCAGCGAAUGCGGGUAACCGGAACGGGGAUGAUGAUGAGUACCGUGCUUUAGGGAGAUUCCAGAGGAACAAUCCUCCUGUCUUUGAGGGUGAACAUGAACCUGACAAAGCUCAAGCUUGGCUGAAGGCGAUUGAGAAAAUAUUCAGAGUUAUGAACUGUACUGAUGCUCAGAGAGUGCAGUUUGAUACUCAUAUGCUGGAAAAGGAAGCUGAAGAUUGGUGGAACAACACUCUUCAGAGGUCUGAAGAAGAUGGCAUUGAGGUUACUUGGGAUCUUUUCCGUGAUGUCUUCUUAGAGAACUAUUUUCCUGAAGAUUGUCGUGGGAAGAAAGAGGUGGAAUUCCUUGAGUUAAAGCAAGGAAAUGGUAAUGUUGCUGUUUAUGCCGCUAAAUUUCAGGAGCUUAUCAAGUAUUGUCCUCACUAUAAUACCGCUAAUGUUGAGAGAUCAAAAUGCUUGAAUAGAGAGAGUGCUUCUCUCUACAAGAGUUUGAAAGGAAAGAAUCAGGAUCGUGGGAAACCGUAUGAUGACAAGAGGAAACAAGCUGGUUUUAGCAAGAAGCCAAGUUGGGGAGGAUCUUCUACUCCACUUAAGUGCUUCAAGUGUGGUGUUGAGGGUCAUAAAGCUGCUGAGUGCAAGAAAGAGGUUACUACUUGUUUCAAGUGUGGCAAGUAUGGUCACAUAGCUACUAAUUGUAGAGGUGGUUCGAAUGUGACUUGUUUCAAUUGUGGAGAGAAAGGCCACGUUAGUACAAAAUGUGACAAGCCAAAGAACGAGCAAGCAAAAGGAAAAGUGUUCGCAUUAUCUGGUGCGAGAGCCACAACUGAUGAGAGGCUAAUUCAAGAGACUUCUAAUGGUGUGAAGCUUGGCAUGUUGAAGCUUACUAGUGGUAUUUUGGAUGAGAUUCGAGAGGGACAGAAAUCUGAUUUGGGUUUGGUUGAUCGAUUCACAUUGAUCAAUCAAGGCGAAGGUGGUGACUUUCGAAUUGAUGAGAAUGAAACUGUGUCUGUUUCAUCCCUUGCAUUUCGCUACAGUGACUAG